AUGUCACAAGGAAGAAGGCCCACCACUAGGGCGCAGACUAGAGCAGAGCCUACCCAAAUGGCAACACCCCCAGUGUCAUCUAGACAAGAAAGAACAACAGCACCACCCCCCUUUCCCCAACCCAACGUCACCAGACUCCACACCAGAGAACAAACAGACACAUUCUACAAAGCCAGAACAUGUUGGCUACAGUAUUAUGCAAGAAGUCACCCACAGCUAAUACCCAGAACCCAGCACGAUCCCCCAGUAACUGAAGCAGACGUCUACAACAAAAAUGAUUUUGAAGAAUUCAUUGCAGAAGGCCAACCGAUACCACCACCCACAUCACAGAUACUUCCCACAGCACCUAAUACAUCUCCUAUCCCACCAACAAGCACCAUGUCCAACACUGCUACACCCAAACCUACCAAAUUCAGACAAAUAGAUGAUUUCAAUAGAAUGCCUGACCGGGCCAACAGAUGGAUGUUGUCAGCCAAGGCAUACUUUUACAUAAAUGAUGCCAUCUAUGACUCAGACAAGAAGAAGGUCUUCACAGCACUCUCCCGCGCAAGACUUACAGUUUGUUUUGGGAGAGUCUACUUUAACUGUAGUGAUUUCAUCAGACAUUUCAAAGAAAAGAAGGGACAAAAGAACAUACCUUCAUUUAACAAGCUAUUGGACGCUGCAGGCAUUCUUGGCUGGCGCUACGCUUUCACCCAGGCGUAUAGAAGGGCACAAGACCUAGAAGCUAUGGGUUCAGACAAUGUCAGAGCAGGCAAAGACAGUCUGUCAAAGAAAUUAUGCAUACCUGUUGAAUGUUUGUGGUCUGAACACAAUAGAGCCAACAACCAGAUGGUAGCAGGAGAAAGGAGAGAGGGAGAACAAGAUAGGGAAGGUAAAGAGGAUGAGGGAGCUGGUGAUGAAGCUAGCGUUCUAUCAGGCUUGACGACAAUUAGUGAGAUGGGAAAAGCCGGCUCACAGAGAGAUGUAUCGCUGUUGAUGAUGAGAACUGUAGUUAGAAAAACCACACAAAAACAAACUAACAUACAAUCCUCCCAGAUUCCAUGGAACUUGUUUAUGGGCUUUGCCUCCUAG